UGUAUAGCUAGAUUCAACAGGACUCUUCCACAGCGCAGCAGUGUCUAGCAAACUCUGGUGUGGUCCAGAGAGGCUGUGGUCACUGAUCUGACAGCUACGUCCACAGCUUCAGGUAAAGUGGGCAGUGAAGUACCGUCUGCUUUGACCAGGGACAGAGAGUGUCUAAAUAAAUUGAAGGGUAUUUCAACAACCCAAAGACAACUUCACACCUAUGUAAGGAAACAAGGGUCAGGAAACAUCAAUCGGCAAAUAGAAGUGUGAAGCCUGGAAAGCAAGAUGAGCAUUUCGGGAAGCAGUUGUGGAAGCCCUAAUUCUACAGAUGUAUCCAAUGACUUCAAGGAACUCUGGACAAAGCUAAAAGAGUAUCAUGAUAAGGAAGUACAAGGUUUACAGAUAAAAGUAACCAAACUGAAAAAGGAACGAAUUUUAGAUGCACAAAGACUAGAAGAAUUCUUCACUAAAAAUCAACAGCUGAGAGACCAACAGAAAGUCCUUCAGGAAACCAUUAAAAUUUUAGAAGAUAGGUUGCGAGCAGGAUUGUGCGAUCGCUGUGCAGUAACUGAAGAACAUAUGCACAAAAAGCAGCAGGAGUUUGAAAACAUCCGGCAGCAGAAUCUUAAGCUGAUCACAGAGCUUAUGAAUGAAAAGAAUACUCUUCAGGAAGAAAACAAAAAGCUUUCUGAGCAAUUGCAGCAGAAAAUUGAAAAUGAUCAACAGGAGCAAGUAGCUGAGUUUGAAUGUGAGGAAAACAUUAUUCCAGACUCACCAGUAACAUCCUUUUCAUUUUCUGGCAUUAACCGUCUACGAAGAAAGGAGAAUCUCCAUGUCCGAUACAUAGAACAAACACAUACUAACUUGGAGCACUCCGCAUGUACAAAUGAGUUAAGAAAAAUAUCCAAGGCUUCACCUCCUCCACCACAUCACUCUGAGGAACCCGAAAUUCUAGUCGCUGACACUUGCAGACAGACUCACUCACCAGUAGCUAAAAUAUGUGGAACAAGCAGUUAUCCCAUGGAUAAGUCAUCUUUUAAUUUAGAUACUGUUGUUGCUGAAACACUUGGACUUAAUGUUCAAGAAGACUCUGAACCCCAAUGUCCUACGAGCCCUCUUGGAGAUGAGCUCUACCGUUGUCUCAAAGAUCACAAAGAACAGCCUUCCGGGGAGCCUGCAAGAAGUGGUGAAGAUAGUCCAAGAGUUUCAGACUCUGCUUCAAAGACACCUCCCCAAGAAUUGACUCCUCGGGUGUCAUCUCCUGUAUUUGGAGCUGCCUCUACUGUGAAAACCCAUUUGGGUUUGAAGACAAGUUUCUCCCCUUCACUUUUAGACUUUGGGAAAAAAAACCUUCUAAAGACAGCUCCCGUUAGCAACGUUUCUGUUUCUAGAUCAGAGAAAGUUAGAUCAAAAUCUGAAGACACUCUUUUCACACAACAUAGUGUUGGGUCUGAAGUAAACAAGGUCAUUAGCCAGUCAUUUCCUAAUAAGCAGAUACUUACAAAUAAAAAUGUAAGUGAAUCUAUAGAUGUAGAUUCUGAUCACAUUAAAGAUGUUAUUACUGAUAAAUAUUUGGUGUCUUUGAAAUCACUUGGAAGCAAAGCAUCCAAGAGGAAGAGGACUGAGGAAGAGAAUGAACAUGCAGUCAACUGUCCCCAAACUUGUUUUGAUAAGGAAAAUGCCCUUCCCUUUCCAAUGGAGAAUCAGUUCUCUGUGAAUGGAGACCAUGUGAUGGAUAAACCUCUGGACCUGUCAGAUCGGUUUGCAACUAUUCAGUGUCAAGAGAAGAUUCACACAAAUGAAACUUCUAAAAACAAACUUAAGCAAGCAACCAUUUAUGAGGCUUUGAAGCCCACUCCAAAAGGUUCCUCCUCAGGCCGGAAGGCUGUGAGUGUGGCCUGCAUGUUAGCCAAGGACUCUUCAGAAACAUACUGUUUACAGCAGUGUGUCCUCCAGCCCUCUAGUAAAGUCUCUCCAGACCAUAAAACACCAUUACAGAUAAAAGAAGAAAAUCCUAGCUUCAAAACCCCUCUGUGUUCACAGGAAAGUCUGGAGACAGAGAAUCUUUUUAGUGACAUGAAGGGUGCUAUCUCUCUUGUGCCAACAAGAGUAAAGAGCAGAUCAGUCCACGGAGGAUGUGAGCUGGCGUCAGUUCUUCAGCUAAACCCCUGUAGAGUUGCUAACACGAAGUCUCUGCCCAACAAGCAAGACGUGUCCUUUGAAAACAUCCAGUGGAGUGUGGACCCAGGAGCAGACCUUUCUCAGUAUAAGAUGGACGUAACUGUAAUAGACACAAAGGAUAGCAGUCACUCAAGAUUAGGAGGAGAAACAGUGGACAUGGACUGUACAUUGGUCAGUGAAACCGUGCUUUUAAAAAUGAAGAAACAAGAGCAAAAAGAAAAAAGUCCAAAUGGAGACAUAAAAAUGAAUGAUAGCUUGGAAGAUAUGUUUGAUCGGACAACACAUGAAGAAUAUGAAUCCUGUUUGGCAGAUAGCUUUUCCCACGUACCAGAUGAGGAAGAAUCAUCUGCUUCCACAAAGACACCAAACAUACCUGGUGAUAAACAAGAUAGAGUCAAGCAGAAAGCAUUUGUGGAGCCGUAUUUUAAAGAUAAAGAGAGAGAAACUAGUAUACAGAAUUUUCCUUAUAUUGAUGUAGUUCGGAAAAAAGAAGAGAGAAAGAAAUUGCUUGGUCACACAUGUAAGGAAUGUGAAAUUUUUUAUGCAGAUUUGCCCGCAGAAGAGAGAGAGAAGAAGUUGACUUCCUGCUCAAGACACCGAUUUCGCUACAUCCCACCCAGCACGCCAGAGAAUUUCUGGGAAGUUGGUUUUCCUUCUACCCAGACGUGUGUGGAAAGAGGUUACAUCAAAGAAGAUCUUGAUCUUUGCCCUCGUCCCAAAAGACGACAGCCUUACAAUGCGAUGUUUUCUCCAAAAGGCAAGGAGCAGAGGACCUAGAUGUUGGAGUAAAACACAACAGAAGACCUUUUUUGUUUUUUAUUUUAGUUAUUUAUAGUUAAAGUUGUAAUAAACAUUGAUCUUUGAUUUUUUUUGAUCUUCUAUAAAUUGACUUAUAAAUGAGUUUUCUAUUAAAAAUGUUCUAAAUGGCAUUUAUCUAUCAUACAAGUAACUUUCAAAUGUG